UGAAAACGUACUUUGUUGGCUGGCCCGCAUGUCUUUGCCGAGCUCGGCGAUGAAAUUCCACAGAAUCCUUGCUCAAUUCCCUCAAGAGCUCAGCUUCGCCUUUGCUUAUGGCUCCGGUGUCUUCCAGCAAGCGGGGGCCUCUGCAGGGGAAAGCGAGAACAAUAUGCUGGACUUUGUGUUUGCUGUGGAUGAUUCCGUAUCAUGGCACAAGAGGAACCUGUCAAAGAAUCGCAGUCAUUAUUCCUUUUUAAAAUACUUUGGAGCCAAGAGAAUCAAUAACGUCCAAAACUAUGGAGCAGGGAUUUACUACAAUACGUUAGUGCCUUGUAAUGGCAGGGUUAUAAAAUAUGGUGUUAUUGGUACUGAUAUGCUGAUUGAAGAUUUACUUCGCUGGAAGACGCUCUAUGUAGCUGGACGUCUUCAUAAGCCGGUAAAGAUCCUUGCCCAGAAUGAGAACGGCAAACUCCAGGCUGCUCUUUCCAGCAACUUGAAGAGUGCAGUCACAGCAUCUUUCCUUAUGUUACCUGAAAGUUUCUCCGAAGAGGAUCUUUACGUGCAGAUCGCUGGCCUCUCUUACUCUGGUGAUUUCAGAAUGAUGAUUGGGGAAGACAAGUCAAAAGUUAUGAACAUAGUGAAGCCAAACAUGUUGCAUUUUCAGAAGCUUUACAGCAACAUCUUGCAAGAUUGCCCACAAGUGGUAUACAAACACCAGCUGGGCGUAUUAGAGAUCGAUAAGAGCCCAGAAGGUCAAUUCGCACAACUAAUGGGUCUGCCGAGGACCCUGCAGCAACAGAUAACUUAUCUCAUGGAUCCUCCAGGGAAGAACAGGGAUGUCGAAGAAAUUUUAUUGCAAGUUGCCCAUGACCCUGACUGUGGAUUGGUAGUGCACCAGGGCAUUUCAGGAAUUGUGAGAUCCUCCAGUCUUAUUCAGAGCGCUAAAACCACCCUAACAGCUGGAUUAAAAAAAUCCAUGGUCUACAGCAUGAAGAAGAUGUACAAAAUGUCAAAAGGAUUGCUAAGGAAGUCAUGAUAUCUGCACUUGGAUUUUUUGGGAAAUCAACCUGCUCUAUUACUGCUAAAUGUGCAAAUUCUACCUGUCCAUAAUUAUUGCCUUGGAAAACUAAAUAUGGAGAAACACCAUCUCUACUACACAUAUGCGGACAGUUUUGUACAGAAGACAAAGUACAGAUUUUCAUU